GUGGCCUUCCUCCAGAAAUAUCUUGCCAUGCUGCCAAUGUUCUCAGUGUCAUGGCCAUCAUUGGGCACAUCUGAGCGAGAGAAGCUGGUCGUAAGUGUGGGGGUGUGUCGCAGGAAACAAGCUGGUGAAGCAGACUCUGCUCGAUGCGUAGGCAUUAACCUCGCUUGCACUUUAAAAGAUAGGAAUUUGGACCGAUUCGUCUGUUUUCGGGUCAGAUUUAGACGAUGGGAAUAAUCUGUAGUGAGCAAUCGGGUUAAAGCAAAUGUUUUUGUAGUCAUCAACUGGAAGAUUAGAAGUUCAAGAUUCUUUCUACGUUGAGUGGAGAGAGACGAAGAAAAUGGGUUACAACGAGGGGCAAGUAUUCGCUGCAGAGCUGUUGGGAACUACGACGCUUUGCGUGGUUGGGUUGGGUGGAAUUGCGAACGCUGUGCUCCCAGGCACUAAGGGCCACGGCAUUGGAUUCCUGGGCAUCGCAUUCUGCUUCGGCCUUGGCGUGUAUCUUCCCCUGCAAUUCGUCGGCCAUAUUUCUGGUUUCUUCAAUCCAGCAGUGGCGCUGGCGGCAGCCGUGGUGGACGAUAUCACUUGGAAACGCUUUGUCCUAUGCCUGUGUGCAGAAAUGUUGGGUGGAUUUUUGGGAGGAUUUCUUGUCUGGUUGACAUACAUCCCUCAUUUUCAACCAUUAGAAUUUUUGGAGUCGACCGAGGAAUCCAUAUGCGAUUGCUGCGAUCUAGAAGCCAAUGGUGUGGCUAUCAUUAAGCAGGAGCUCAGCGAGCCUGCUCACCGGUAUGCAUCUGCAGGGACGAGGGACAAUGUAACGACUGGUAGGGUGCAGUCCGAGGAUUACGAACAUCCGAUGACCUCUUUUUGGCAUGAGCUUCUACGCAAGAUAAUGGGAUGCGGCAGUCACUCCUCAGAGUUGAAGAAAGAAUCGGACAAGGGCUCCAUGGAUAGGUUGCACCAAGCUAGGGCAAAGUCGAUGAAGUCAGCAUGUGGGCCGAGCGUAAAGCAACGAAUUGCUGAAGACCAAGAAGUGAAGCUUAUUGUGUUUUGCACGCGCCCUUCAAUAGCAAAGCGCUUCUGGUUUCACUGUGUCUGGGCCGAGGGUUCUCUCACCUUUCUGCUCACUUACGGAGCAUUCGCCAUUGUCAACCGAGGAAAACUCAUGUUGAACGAGUAUGCUGCGGAGAAGGAACUAUAUAAGUCGGGCAUUGAACCAGCAUUGAUUGGCCUCCUCGUAUUCGCCUUGGUGCUAUGCGGAGGAGGAAUGACAGGACCAGCUCUGAAUCCAGCUCGGGAUUUAGGGCCUCGCCUUGUACACUGGCUUGUGCCGAUUCCCGGGAAGGGGAGGUCGGAGUGGGGGUAUUCGUGGGUUCCCGUUGUGGCCCCCUGUCUCGGCGCCAUUGUGGGCGCUCUCUUCGCCAACGCCAUGCGUGAUAUCCGACCAUCAUAACAAAUAGCCACUAACUAACUCUAGUAGCAUUUAAGAUAGAAAGACAUCGAACACUCUAUUAAAAAUUUUGCGCCACCUAGGAGCAUUCAUAGGUCUAUAAUUGGUUGCCAGUAACCUGUAAAUAAUAUAUGGUAGAUAAAGCUUAUCGCCAUGGUCGACUGCUCAUGAGCUGCAUUCGAUGUUCAAACAAAAAAAAAAAAUGAAAAAAAAAUUCAAUGAUUGCGGGACAAGUUAGCUCUCAAGAAAGAAUCAUUUUACUGUUGGUAGAGAUUACAGAAACGGCGACGUUGAUAGACUAUCUGCUGAAACAGGCUGUGGCCUUUGUUGGUAGUAAAGCUGGUGAAAAUGGCAUGACAUAACAAUGGCGAAUUGGGAGUAAUUUGUUGGUUGCAAAUAUGGUUUAGUAAAUUCUUAUCGCUGUGCAAGUAA